AUGUCAGACCUUCAGACUCGUCACGACAGAGACAUUGCUCUCAUCGCGGAGAAGGUCAAGGAGUUCUACAAGAACCAGAAGCCAUUCCGCAUUUACCAUGGCACAACCGGAUCGACCCGGCCCAUGGCCUUCAAGGCUGGGACAUUCAUCGACACCCAGAAGCUCAACCGGAUCUUUCCCGUCAACAAGGAGAAGAUGACUAUGAAGGUCGAGCCGAAGGUCGCGAUGGAUGAGCUUGUUGCUGCAGCUCAGAAGGAAGGCUUUCUCCCUCAAGUCGUUCCGGAACUGAUGGGAAUCACUGCUGGAGGUGCGUUCUCCGGCACUGCUGGGGAGAGCAGCUCUUACAUUCACGGCCUGUUCGAGGAGACUGUCGCCGAGAUUGAGAUAAUCGUGGGCGACGGCACGAUCCUGAAAGCUAGUGCCAAUGAGAACGCCGAACUGUGGGAGGGUGCCUGCAGCAGUAUGGGCACACUAGGAAUAAUCACUUUGCUUGAGGUGAAGCUGGUGCCCGCCAAGAAGUAUGUCCAACUCGAUCUACGCCGUGCUAACGGUAUUGUGGAUGCUAUGGCGAAGAUGGAGCUUGCGAUCAAGGACCCGCAGUACGAGUACGUUGAUGGCAUGCUCUUCGAAAAGGACUACGGUGUUGUGAUGUUCGGCAAGCUCACAGACAAACCUGACAAUGGAGCUGAAGUUCGCUCCUUCGUGAAGCGAAACGAGCCAUGGUUCUCGAACUACAUUGAAAAGGUUGGCGCAGACCGUACUAAAGAUCCCAAGCCGAUUGCACUGCCUGUGGACCAAUACUUCUUCCGCUACGACCGAGGUGUAUUCUGGGGAGGGAAGCUUGCUUUCGACUAUUUCCAUGUCCCCUUCAACCGCGUGACAAGGUGGAUGCUUGACCCUCUGAUGGGCUCGCGUGUCGCCUACCACGGCCUGCACGAGGGUGGUUUCGCCAACAAGUACAUUGUGCAAGAUUUCGACAUGCCAGAAUCCAAGGCAGGGCCUUUCGUCGAAUACAUCUCCACGAUUUUGCCCAACUACCAGUUCUGGUUAUGCCCCGCGAAGACAGGCAAUGACCUGAAGGUCAUGCACAAGCUCCUACCACCAGGCGGCGACCAGGAGAAGCACCGAAUAAUGCGAGAAGAGCGCAUCUACAACGUCGGUGUUUACGGCAAGGGCACCAAGGACCACGACAAGUUCGUCAAACUCAACCGCGAAAUCGAACACAAGCUCUGGCACGAUUUCUGUGGCGUCAAGAUCCUGUACGCGCACGCUUACUACACCGAAGAAGAAUUCUGGCAAAUCUACAACAAGGCAAUCUACGACGAGGUGCGCAAGAAGUACAACAGCGAGACUCUGCCUACGGUCUACGACAAAAUCAGCCAAGACAUGCAGAGUGGCAGAAGAGAGCCUAAGCACUUGGGUGGGACGAUAGGCGCGAUCAGGGCCUUCCUUGGCUUGCUGAGCCACAAGCGCCGCACCAACUACCUGCUAGACAAAAGAGGCGGAUCGGCCAGUGCGGCUGCGGCCAAGCAGUCCUCUGCGCCCACUGCGAAAUCCGUCGAUGAGAAGCCGGUCAACGGCGUCAACGGUGACCUGGAAAAGCAGGCGCAUGGUAGCUCAACGACCGAUGGCUUCGACGCAAGAGCCUUCGCAGCGCAACAUGUCACCAGUCCACACCUGAAGGCAAGCAUGGCAGCAUCGGCUCCCAAUGGAGCUGCCAAGGACGCUUCCUCAGACGUCGAAACCGCAGUCGACCAGACGCCGACACCUGAAAGCAAGGAUCAUGCUCCUGCUAUCUCGGCACCUACGCCAACGACUGAAGCAGCACGAAUUCCGCUUCCACACACAGUCACGGACGAGAAGCUUGAGUCUACCGCAUUGAGUGGGGCCAGCGCAAUUGAGAAGCCUGUUCAAGCCUCGUCCACAGCCAGCGAUCCGAUUGCGGCGGCUGACGACCUAUUCGAUCGCGCUGUCAGUGCCAAAGAGACCAGACCUAAUGGUAUUGUCAAGGCUUGA